CUGCGAUAUUGUCAGGUGGAAGGGGGCGAACUCCGUGCUGCCGAGUCGAAUCUGCACUUCAAAUGACAUUCGGGCUGGGACCGACGAGAGUUAGCCAUUCGCGCUCCUGAACCAUGUAUACCCAAAUAUAUGUCCGGUUCAACAUCCCAAGAGUGUCAGGCAGCACGACCGCUUCCUUAUCGCUGGAGGCGAGCACACAACGAUGACGGCCGUUGCCGAUAACGCUAUGACAGCGCCCGAAACACACGCUGGCUACAAUGCCGCCGUCGAGAGGUUCAGGCACGAGGAGUAUCCUAUGCUGCAUGGAUCUGUUUACCUCGACCAUGCCGGCACCACGCUCUGCCCCAAGUCCUUGAUGGACCGCUUCGCUCAGGACAUGACCUCCAAUCUCUAUGGGAACCCGCACUCGGCCUCGCCGUCAUCCCAGCUAUCCACGGAGCGGAUAGAGAACAUCCGUCUCCGCGUGCUCCGCUUUCUCAAUGCAGAUCCGGCCGACUUUGACGUCGUGUUCGUGGCAAACGCAACGGCUGGAAUCAAGCUGGUUGCUGAAGCCUUGCGAGCCUUGCCUGACGGGUUUGAUUAUACCUACCAUCAAGCAAGUCACACUAGCAUUGUUGGCGUUCGUGAAGAGGCUCGAAAUAGCCUCUGCUUUGACGACGAGCAAGCGGAGCAGUGGCUCGCUGGGGGUCGGCCGUGUUGGGGCGAUGAAAGCGAACGUCCCCUCUUGCUGGCAUAUCCCGCCCAAUCCAACAUGGACGGUCGCCGGUUUCCCUUGAGCUGGGCCGAGAAGUUUCGGGGCCACGGAGCAAAGAAGACGUAUACAUUGUUGGAUGCCGCGGCAUUAGUCUGCUCCUCUCCGCUUGACCUCAGUCGCGCGGAGUCCGCCCCUGACUUUACCGUACUCAGCUUCUACAAGAUCUUUGGCUUUCCUGAUUUGGGCGCAUUGAUCGUGAGGCGUGAGGCGGAAGAGGCUUUUAGCUCCAAGAGGUAUUUUGGCGGAGGCUCUGUGGACAUGGUUGUCUGCUUGAAAGAGCAGUGGCACGCUCCCAAGAGCAACUUUUUGCACGAGCGGCUCGAGGACGGAACCCUACCCGUCCAUAGCAUAAUUGCACUUGACGCCGCUAUGCAUGUUUACAGACAGCUGUUCGGCUCAAUGCUGGACGUUGCAGCUCACACAUCGUUCCUCUCUGCGAGAUUGUACCGCGGACUCAGAUCAUUGCGGCACGGUAACGGCGAGCCCGUCUGCACGCUCUACUCACCGGAUCCAGAGGCAGCAGACUGCUGCCCAGAGAGUGGGCCCAUCGUGGCCUUCAACAUCCGCAACGGUCUGGGUGCAUGGGUGAGCUUGGCUGAGAUCGAAAAGAUGGCUAGUAUCAAGCGCUUCCACAUCCGUACCGGCGGCGUGUGCAACCCUGGAGGCAUCGCGAGCGCCCUAGGACUUGCGCCAUGGGAGAUGAGACAGAACUUUAGCUCUGGCUUCCGCUGCGGAACGGAUAACGAUAUCAUGGCUGGAAAGCCAACCGGCGUGAUCAGGGCCAGUCUUGGCGCUAUGAGCACUAUAUCUGACGUGGACAGCUUUGUAGAUUUCAUCGCCGAGUUCUACCGGGAUAUCUCGUCGCCUCCGAGGGUAUCAGAGGUGACGGGGAGUCUUCAGGAUUCACCGCCUCUUUAUAUCCACAGCAUAUCCAUAUACCCGAUCAAGAGCUGUGGUGGGUUCCAAGUCCCACCAGCAGUCGACUGGGAGGUAAGACCGGAGGGUCUUGCGUGGGAUAGGGAGUGGUGUUUGGUACACCAAGGCACUGGGCAGUCACUGAGCCAGAAACGGCAUCCCAACAUGGCUCUCAUUCGACCAUCCCUCGAUUUCGAACGAGGCGAACUGCGAGUCACCUACGCCGGACAGGUCCCGCCACACCUGCCUCGAGAGAUUUGCAUCCCCCUUUCGAAGAAUCCCUCGCUCUUUCGUUCAUCGGCUUUUCGAUCGAGGCAUUCUAGGGUCUGUGGGGAGGAGAUUCUCGCCCAGACAUACUCUUCACCAGCGAUCAACCAUUUCUUCUCCUCUGUUCUUGGCGUGCCUUGCCUCCUAGCGCGCUUUCCACCAGGCGGCCAGGGCAAAAGCAUGCGGCAUGCCAAAGCCCACCUUCAGAAGCACCAGCUUCCCCUUUUCCCCAGCAGCAACACAGGGGUCGUCCACAUGCCAGGCACUUUCCCUACCCCACCUUCCCCGCCAGACUCGGACACAGAAAAGGCUGUGGCCCCCAGGCGAAUCCUGUUAUCCAACGAGAGUCCCAUCCUGGCAAUCACUCUCGCCAGCGUUGAAGCACUUAACCGGGAAAUUGCGGCCCGCAACGGCAAGGACAGGGCGGCCGAGAUCUCACCCGACGUGUUUCGAGCGAACAUUGUCAUCGCAUCCGGCGCCUCUGCGACGUUAACGGCGACGACGGCGGCACUACCAUAUGCCGAGGACGCCUGGUCGGCCGUGCGCAUCGGCAGCAAGCACGAGUUUGAGAUGCUCGGUGCGUGCAGGCGGUGUCACAUGGUUUGUAUCAACCAGGAGACGGGCGAGAGGGGCCAGGAGCCCUUUGUCACGCUCUCCAAGACGAGACGGUUUGAUGGGAUGGUGUUCUUUGGAGUGCAUAUGUGCUAUAUGGGGGUUGGAGGGGAGGAGGAGGUUACCAGGGAGAGGCAGUUCCCGACUGUGAGAGUUGGGGAUCCGGUCGUGCCUGAGUGGCCUAGCUAGACGGAUGGUUAAACAAAGGGGUUAGGUUUUGUUGCAUGGGUUGACUUGACUCUCUUGGUUCUUGUUGCAUAGCAUUUGGUGGCAUCUGAUCUGUGCGAUGGGUUCGGCUGUGGAUAGGUGGGAUUAGUAAACAGAACUGCUACACUUCUCUCGCCUUGAAUAGGAUCGACCAGCGGUUUCUGGACUUGUGCUUACAGCAAU